UCAAACGUCAGUAUUCACUAUUCACUCAGACACUCAGUCACUCGUCACAAUCGCUUGUACUUAGUUGUACUUGUACCGCAUAUUAGUAUCGAUAAUUAUGUUAUAUAAUUAUGGUGUGGUGAUGUGCACGCUUGAUGAGUGCAAUCAUAACGAUUGCGUAUCGUGCAGUUUGUAUUAAGAAUUUCGUUUAUCGACACUUAGGAUUCGCUUUUUUUUGUGUUUCGCGCGAUAGUAAAAUGAAUAUAUAAUAUAGUCGUUGUAUAGUUAUUAGAGUUGUGUUGUAAUAUUGUCGUAUAGUUCAUCAUAUUGCUUCGACACAUGUGAUAAACUGACUAAUAUGGAAGGUAAAUGUUGGGAUGCCUAUAUUUCAUAUUUUUAUUCAUUUAAGAACUUUUAUAUACAAAACAAAAAUGAUCAACAGGUUAUUCAAAAAAUAACAACAAGUCUUCAACUUCUUGAAAAUGAAGAUUCAAUAUUGAUUUCCGCAUUGCCCGGAGAUCUAGUUGCUGCUAAAUAUGAAAAUGAUGGUCUUUGGUACAGAGCUAAAAUUUUAAAUAUUGAGGAAAAUAAUUUCACUGUUAAUUUUAUUGAUUAUGGAAAUUCUGAGUUAUCAUCAAAUCUUAAAAUACUUCCUAACGAAAUAGCUUGUUACCAAGCAAUGGCACAUCAUUGCAUGCUUGAUGAUAUAGACCACGAAGAAUAUAUACUUUCAAUUGAAAAUGAUGUAUAUGAUAUAAUUUUUAACUUUUUAGGAUCUAUUGAAGUAAUUGUAACUUUUUUAAAUAACAAAGAAACCUAUUUGGUGAAUAUGAAGUGGGAUAAUAGAUGUAUAAAGACAUUUGUAAAUAACAUUAUUUCUUACGGAAUUACUCCAAAGACAUAUGAAACCUUGAAGGAAAUCGAUCAGUCUGGUGCAAAGAUGGUUGUGACUCUUAUUUAUGCUCAGUCAAUAAAUGAAUUCUAUGUAGAAACUGAAGAUAGCAAAGAAAUACAAAAUAAAAUUGAGUAUAUACUUGAAAAUGAAACGGUUUGGGAACCGUUGACUGAAUAUAAAAUUGGUAAAAUGGCGAUUGCAAAAAGUAUAACUGACCAUAGAUGGUAUAGAGUAAGACUUUUAAUGAUACAUGAAGGAGGUGAAUGUACUUGUUAUUUCAUAGAUUAUGGAGUACAAGACAAAUGUUCAGAAUUUUAUGAAGCAGUUGGUUAUUUAAAAUUGGCUCCUCCAUUUAUUAAACUAUGUUCAUUACACAUUCCAACUAUAAAAAAAGAAAAAAAACUGUUUGAGAGUUUAUCAAAAAGUUUUAUAGAUGAAAUGGAACAAUAUAAAAAUAAAAAGAUGACUAUAAUUGUAGUAAAAACUGGCGAACCAUGUGUAGUUGAACUCUUUGUUGAUGAUUUUAAUGUGAUCAAACUAAUCGAACCUAUUCCAGUGAUUGUAUUUAAUGUUAUUCAUAUGAAUAUAUUAACAGUUCAAGUAAAUUCUCCUAGUAGACGUGCUGUAAUGAAUGAAUUAAGUAAAAUUAAAACUUUAAACCCUGUUGAAAAACCAAAAUAUUGUAACAUAUAUGGAGCUUUGGUUAACAAUCACUGGUAUCGUGCAGAAUUAAAAAAUAAGUUUAAAGGUUCAAUGGAUGUAAUAUUGGUAGAUAUGGGAAGUAGUAUUAUAAAUGUAGAAAAAUUAUUCCAACUUCCUAAGCACAUAGAAAAUGUUAAGUACUUAACAUUACGUUGUUCACUUGGUUUGGAUGAGAGAUAUUUCAGUUUAAAUAAACUGAAACUUUUAUGCAAUAGUAAAACAGAAUUUAUGAUGAUACUAUUUAAAAACAAUAAUGCUGAUGGCCAUCUUAUACAUUUAUUUUUGAAUGAUGAAGAUGUCACAACCAUCAUAAAGAAACAUUAAAUAAAUAAAUGUUAUGUUGUGAAUUUCUAUACGAAUUAUAUUAUAUUAUAA